AUGCCUGAGCCACUCAGAUGCUCAGGGAGCCUUGACCCCCGUGAACUGCGCUUUUCACGCGCAAUGAUCUUCGCCAUCGAGGAGAUUAACAACAGCACGGAGCUGCUGCCGGGCAUCAAACUCGGUUUUCAGAUCUACGACUCGUGCGCCUCGGUGCCCGUGGCGGUGCAUGUGGCAUUUCAGCUUUCAAGCGGCCUGGACCCGGUGUUUUACACCGAUGACAAUUGCUCGCAAUCUGGUGCACUGAUGGCCAUUGUUGGUGAGUCUGGGUCCACGCCAUCCAUCAGCAUGUCGCGCAUCAUCGGGCCCUUUAAUAUUCCUCAAGUGAGCCACUAUGCCACUUGUGCAUGUCUGUCUGAUAAGCAGCAGUACCCGAGUUUCUUCAGAACAAUCCCGAGUGACCAGUUCCAGGCUGACGCGCUGGCAAAGCUGGUAAAACAUUUUGGUUGGACUUGGAUAGGGGCUAUCCGAUCGGACUCGGAUUAUGGAAACAAUGGUAUGGCGUCUUUCCUGGACGCGGCCCAAAAAGAGGGGAUCUGUGUAGAAUACUCCGAAUCUUUCUACCGGACCAACCCACGGAGCAGGAUCCAGAGAGUAGCUGAAAUUAUCCGCAGGUCUACAGCUUUGGUUGUUGUGGCAUUUACUGCCUCUGGAGACUUUAGGAUUCUGCUGGAGGAGCUGUCGCUAAAGCCCUCUCCACCUCGCCAGUGGAUAGGCAGUGAGGCCUGGGUAACUGACCCAGACAUGCUGAGGUUCAGCUUCUGUGCUGGAGCAAUCGGAUUUGGCAUUGAGCAAUCUGUUAUCCCAGGUCUGAGGGACUUCCUGCUGGAUCUCUCUCCCUCUAAAGUGGCUGCCUCUCCAGUGCUCACUGAGUUCUGGGAGGAUGCAUUCAACUGCAGGCUGGGAAAAAGAUCAGCCACAGACAAGAAUGUGUGUGAUGGAACUGAAGAUAUAGAGACUACCCAGAGCCCAUACACUGACACAUCUCAGCUCCGAAUAACUAACAUGGUGUACAAGGCUGUUUAUGCAAUAGCACAUGCUAUUCAUAAUGUAGUGUGUCAGGAAACACACUCUAUAACUCGGUGUGACAAACUCACCAGCAUAGAGUCUAAACAGGUUACCACUCAGUUGAAGAGAGUUAAGUUUUCCCAAAAUGGUUACGAUGUGUCAUUUGAUGCCAACGGGGAUCCUGUGGCCACAUACGAGCUGGUUAACUGGCAAGAAACGGAGAGUGGCAGCAUUGAGUUGGUGACAGUAGGGCACUACGAUGCCUCACUGCCGGUGGGCCAGGAAUUCAGUAUCAACAGGAACCUCACCUGGGUGGAGGGUGGCACAAAAGUGCCUGAGUCAGUGUGCACUGACAGCUGUCCUCCAGGAACUCGUAAAGUGCUGCAGAAAGGAAAGCCCAUCUGCUGUUAUGAUUGUAUACCGUGUCCUGAGGGAGAGAUUAGCAAUGCUACAGAUUCCCCUGAUUGUUUUUCUUGCCCUAAGGAAUUUUGGCCUAAUGCAAAGAGAGACACUUGUCUCCCCAAGCCUGUAGAGUAUCUUUCCUUCAAUGAGGCCCUAGGAAUCAUCCUGGCGACAUUCUCAGUUGGUGGUGCCUGUCUUGCCAUUAUAACAGCGGCUGUGUUCCAUCGUCACAGGACAUCCCCGAUUGUCAGGGCCAACAACUCUGAGCUGAGCUUCCUGCUGCUCUUCUCUCUGGCUCUCUGCUUCUUAUGUUCAUUAACUUUCAUUGGAGCACCCUCUGAGUGGUCCUGCAUGCUGCGUCACACAGCGUUUGGGAUCACCUUUGUACUCUGUAUGUCUUGUGUUCUUGGAAAAACUAUAGUAGUGUUAAUGGCCUUCAAAGCCACUCUCCCAGGUCAUAAUAUCAUGAAAUGGUUUGGUCCUCCACCAAGAAUGACUGUAGUGUCUUUCACAUUCAUUCAAGUUAUAAUAUGUACUCUUUGGUUGGUUCUUAGUCCCCCUUUUCCAAUGAAAAACCUAACCACAUACAAGGAGAGAAUCAUUCUGGAGUGUGCUUUAGGCUCAGCUAUUGGGUUCUGGGCUGUGCUCGGGUACAUCGGCCUACUGGCUGUCUUUUGCUUUGUGUUAGCUGUGCUCGCCCGGAAACUACCUGAUAACUUUAAUGAAGCCAAGCUUAUCACCUUCAGCAUGCUGAUAUUCUGUGCAGUCUGGAUCGCCUUUAUCCCAGCAUAUGUCAGCUCUCCUGGUAAAUUUACUGUGGCUGUGGAGAUAUUUGCCAUUCUGGCCUCCAGUUUUGGACUCAUAUUGUGUAUAUUUGCUCCAAAGUGUUUCAUCAUAUUGUUUAAGCCAGAGAAAAACACCAAGAAACAUGUAAUGAACAAAAAUGACCUGAACUCAGCUCUUGCUUUGAAUGGUUCUCUGGAUGGUGUGAAACAACGGGCUGGGCUUACAGAGGAUAGGACUGGUGUUGGGGUCAGCACUGAGGCCUCUUCUGUGAAAUGUAAACUCCAGGGUAAUACUCGUCUACCUGCAUUCUCAAUGGAUGGUGACUACGUUAUUGGUGGUGUGUUCUCCAUACAUUACUACAUGCACACAGUGAAGCAUAACUACACCACCAUGCCUGAGCCACUCAGAUGCUCAGGGAGCCUUGACUCCCGUGAACUGCGCUUUUCACGCGCAAUGAUCUUCGCCAUCGAGCAGAUUAACAACAGCACGGAGCUGCUGCCGGGCAUCAAACUCGGUUUUCAGAUCUACGACUCGUGCGCCUCGGUGCCCGUGGCGGUGCAUGUGGCAUUUCAGCUUUCAAGCGGCCUGGACCCGGUGUUUUACACCGAUGACAAUUGCUCGCAAUCUGGUGCGCUGAUGGCCAUUGUUGGUGAGUCUGGGUCCACGCCAUCCAUCAGCAUGUCGCGCAUCAUCGGGCCCUUUAACAUUCCUCAAGUGAGCCACUAUGCCACUUGUGCAUGUCUGUCUGAUAAGCAGCAGUACCCGAGUUUCUUCAGAACAAUCCCGAGUGACCAGUUCCAGGCUGACGCGCUGGCAAAGCUGGUAAAACAUUUUGGUUGGACUUGGAUAGGGGCUAUCCGAUCGGACUCGGAUUAUGGAAACAAUGGUAUGGCGUCUUUCCUGGACGCGGCCCAAAAAGAGGGGAUCUGUGUAGAAUACUCCGAAUCUUUCUACCGGACCAACCCACGGAGCAGGAUCCAGAGAGUAGCUGAAAUUAUCCGCAGGUCGACAGCUUUGGUUGUUGUGGCAUUUAUAUCCCCUGGAGACAUUAGGAUUCUGCUGGAGGAGCUGUCGCUAAAGCCCUCUCCACCUCGCCAGUGGAUAGGCAGUGAGGCCUGGGUAACUGACCCAGACAUGCUGAGGUUCAGCUUCUGUGCUGGAGCAAUCGGAUUUGGCAUUGAGCAAUCUGUUAUCCCAGGUCUGAGGGACUUCCUGCUGGAUCUCUCUCCCUCUAAAGUGGCUGCCUCUCCAUUGCUUACUGAGUUCUGGGAGGAUGCAUUCAACUGCAGGCUGGGAAAAAGAUCAGCCACAGACAAGAAUGCGUGUGAUGGAACUGAAGAUAUAGAGACUACCCAGAGCCCGUACACUGACACAUCUCAGCUCCGAAUAACUAACAUGGUGUACAAGGCUGUUUAUGCAAUAGCACAUGCUAUUCAUAAUGUAGUGUGUCAGGAAACACACUCUAUAACUCGGUGUGACAAACUCACCAGCAUAGAGUCUAAACAGGUUAUCACUCAGUUGAAGAGAGUUAAGUUUUCCCAAAAUGGUUAUCAUGUGUCAUUUGAUGCCAACGGGGAUCCUGUGGCCACAUACGAGCUGGUUAACUGGCAAAAAACGGAGAGUGGCAGCAUUGAGUUGGUGACAGUAGGGCACUACGAUGCCUCACUGCCGGUGGGCCAGGAAUUCAGUAUCAACAGGAACCUCACCUGGGUGGAGGGUGGCACAAAAGUGCCUCAGUCAGUGUGCACUGACAGCUGUCCUCCAGGAACUCGUAAAGUGCUGCAGAAAGGAAAGCCCAUCUGCUGUUAUGAUUGUAUACCGUGUCCUGAGGGAGAGAUUAGCAAUGCUACAGAUUCCCCUGAUUGUUUUUCUUGCCCCAAGGAAUUUUGGCCUAAUGCAAAGAGAGACACUUGUCUCCCCAAGCCUGUAGAGUAUCUUUCCUUCAACGAGGCCCUAGGAAUCAUCCUGGCGACAUUCUCAGUUGGUGGUGCCUGUCUUGCCAUUAUAACAGCGGCUGUGUUCCAUCGUCACAGGACAUCCCCGAUUGUCAGGGCCAACAACUCUGAGCUGAGCUUCCUGCUGCUCUUCUCUCUGACUCUCUGCUUCUUAUGUUCAUUAACUUUCAUUGGAGCACCCUCUGAGUGGUCCUGCAUGCUGCGCCACACAGCGUUUGGGAUCACCUUCGUCCUUUCUAUGUCUUGUGUUCUUGGAAAAACUAUUGUAGUGUUAAUGGCCUUCAAAGCCACUCUCCCGGGUCAUAAUGUCAUGAAAUGGUUUGGUCCACUACAGCAAAGAAUGACUGUAGUGUCUUUCACAUUCAUUCAAGUUAUAAUAUGUACUCUUUGGUUGGUUCUUAGUCCCCCUUUUCCAAUGAAAAACCUAACCACAUACAAGGAGAGAAUCAUUCUGGAGUGUGCAUUAGGCUCAGCUAUUGGGUUCUGGGCUGUGCUCGGGUACAUCGGCCUACUGGCUGUCUUUUGCUUUGUGUUAGCUGUGCUCGCCCGGAAACUACCUGAUAACUUUAAUGAAGCCAAGCUUAUCACCUUCAGCAUGCUGAUAUUCUGUGCAGUCUGGAUCGCCUUUAUCCCAGCAUAUGUCAGCUCUCCUGGUAAAUUGACUGUGGUUGUGGAGAUAUUUGCCAUUCUGGCCUCCAGUUUCGGACUCAUAUUGUGUAUAUUUGCUCCAAAGUGUUUCAUCAUAUUGUUUAAGCCAGAGAAAAACACCAAGAAACAUGUAAUGAAUAAAAGUAAGUUUUAA